UUAUGCUCUCCCGCGUCGUCGAUCUAUCCGUUAACCCUAAUUCUCUCUCUCUCUCUCUCUCCUCCUCUUUUCUGUCUCUCUCUCCCAUUUCUGCAACUCCUCCGCUGAGGAGAAGAGCUCAAAAUUUUCAAAAAAAUAAAGAAAAACAUAAAAAAUGGGAAAACUGAUAUGCGACUCAACGACGUCGUCGCCAGUGAUUCCCUGGCGGGACCCUGCUUCGGCUCCGCCGGUCGACGGCGUCGUAGACGUCGAUCUCGUAGAACCGACAAAGUUCACCACCUGGGAAAACGUGAUCGGCUUGGAAGACCAGCAGAGGUGCCACUUACAGAGGCUCCACGCUAAGGGAGUCCUGUGGAAGCGCCCAGGGGAUGACGAGUCCUCUUCCACCUCGGUGGUGUUCCAGCUCAGCCACGGCGGGGAGGUGAAGGCCGACGGAAACUGCCUCUUCACGGCGUCCAGGAAGGCCAUGGGAUCCGGGAUCGACGCCAGGGAGCUCCGGCGGCGGACGGUGAGGCGCUUCUUGGAGGAUCUUGGAUCGGUUAGCGGCGAGGAAAGGAACGCAAUUGAUAAGGCCAUAAAGCAUAUGUACUCGCCCGAUCUGAAGUCCGGAUGGGGGAUUCAUGUGGUCCAGGAGGUUAAGUUGUUGGCCAAGAAGGCAGAUCGGAAAGGUUUAGAUUCUGCAAUCGAUGAGCUCGUGAAUCUUGGAAUGCAAAGAGAAUUGGCUGCGGAGUCUAUUUACAAAGAGAGAUGUAUGGCCGUGGAUGAUGGCCCGAGUUGGGCCAAGUACAUGUCAAUCUCUGGUUCUCCUGAUGAUGAACAAGAUAUCAUCACUUUGGGAUAUACUGAGGAAGGUUUGUUAACUGUAGAUGAGAACCGAGAAGGUCGUGCUGCUGCAUUUGGAGAUGAUAUAGCGAUUGAAUGUCUUGCAACUGAGUUCAAAAGAGAGAUAUAUGUGGUACAAGCACAUGGAUCAGAUGCAAUGGUUGAUGAAGAAAAUUGUGUCUUCUUCCUUCCACAUCGUCCUAGGAGUCAAAUUUGUGAACUUCCUUUCUUUCUCUUUAUGAAAGGAACAGGUUGGUGUGGUGCCGGAGGAGAUCAUUAUGAGCCUCUCAUCGCUCAUCCUUCAUCAAUUGUUUCCCAGGAGAAGGUGGCAUUAAUACUCUGAGGUGCCCCACUACUAAUGCAGUUCUUGUCUUAGAUGUAGAAUAGAAGUAGGUUCGCAAUUUUCCCCCUAAUUGUUUAGCAUGCAAUUUUGUUUUCUUGAUUCAUUUCUAGAGGAGCAAGAACGUAAAGAUUCUCAUUGCACCGUGCUCAUUUUUUUAAGACUGGGUUAGUUGUUGUGCCUGCCCUUGAGACUCUGUAGUUACCCUAUUGGGAAUGGUUUCACCGGCUUCUAUUGUUGUUCUUUUAAGAGUUUUCUCAAGGAAUUACUACUUGUACCUUAAAAUUUUUGGUACCGGUUCGUUAGAGCUGGAAUAGUUGUGAGUCCGAGUCUGACUGCGGAUUUUAUCCAAUCAAAGAGUUAUUGAGUCACCCUUCUCUGUUUCA